GUUUGGGAGAAACUGUACAGACAGGACUCUGAAGUCAGAAUCUCCUGAUUCUUCACAAGAUGCUGGACUGGAGGUUGGCAAGUGCACAUUUCAUCCUGGCUGUGACCUUGAUGUUGUGGAGCUCAGGAAAAGUGCUCUCAGUGGACAGAGCGACAGAGGCUUUUGAUGCUGGAAUCAGAGAUGUGCAAUCACUACCCACAGCUAGGGAAGAGAAAUCCGCAGCUGAUCUGGCAGCAAAACUCAUGCUUCUUGAUGAACUUGUGUCUCUGGAGAAUGAAGUGAUUGAAACAAAGAAGAAAAGGAGCUUCUCUGGCUUUGGGUCUCCCCUGGACAGACUCUCAGCUGGCUCUGCGGAUCACAAAGGUAAACAGAGGAAAGCAGUAGAUCAUCCAAAAAGGCGAUUCGGUAUCCCCAUGGAUCGGAUUGGUGGAAACCGGCUUUCAAAUUCCAGAGGCUAA